UGCUCUCUGUUGACAGUCGAAGUCGCGAGAGCUGCCCGCGAGCUCGUGCUUGGUGGCGAUUUAACGGCAUUAAGCGACAGCGGGCUGUCGUUUUUCGGUUACCGGGGGCUCGGUGUAUGUGCACGGGGUGUAAUCGGUUUGAAACUGAUUCCCUAGCCUAUCCCGAGCGAUAGUAAUGCCGUUAAGAGUUCGUGAGGCGGCCGAUUGUCAUCUUGACCUAGCUCGCGCUCGCUUAGCCGCCACAGGCUAAUUAAUUAAGCGAUGUUGUUGAAUAAUUAUUCAUUCUAAAUAAACAGAAACAGAGCAACAGCGCCACAACACCCCUCCAAACGCCAAACAACAGCGGAGGCCGCCGGUGUUUCUGCGUAUUGAAUGAGCACAAGUGAUUAAACGAAUCCCAAACUGUAUGGUGAUGUGACGUCACUUGUAACACUAAUGCAGUGAAAUACAGUGAUGUGUGUAUGCGCAGUUGUCAUUUCAUGAGUGCCGAGGUUCUCAUCAGUGCUGUUACACUGGUUCUCUGAAAGAAUGAGUGAAGAAGACAGAGGAAGAGCGAGGGUGAGUAAAUGAGCGCAUGCUCGUCGUCAAAAGAGAGAGAGAGAGCGCCUGUGCUUCAUUCAGAAAAAGCAGGAGGGCGUCGGAAUCUAAGCGAGGGAGGAACUGAGUGGAGAGGUGGAGAUCUGUCUGUUCUCUGUAAGUGUGCCACUGCCUGAGAUGCACAUCAGAAUCCCAAGCACCUGAUGCAGGUGGAGCUGAAAGCCUCGUGCAAGAUGCAGGAAAACUGAAAACCCACUUUAACCAUGUCGACCCCCCCACCCUCUUCUGAACUAUAGGAAUACAUUACGUGCCCCCCAACACAGAGGAAAACCAACAGAAGUGACGCAUACACAGCAUUACACUACAGCCCCAGCCCGCUGUCUGGGUGUGCAGGUGUGCACUUAUAAGGCAAGAUGUCAGUGGUUUUCCCCCCCAACGGGAUGAUGGAGGGGGAGGGCACCCUGUCCACAGAUGAUCCCGCAAGCACCCGCGGUAAAAGCAGCCCGUCUCUGCCCGACAUCAACGCAGACAGUACAGAACCUGACGAGAACCUUUCACAGGAUGCACAGAGACGCUGUCAGAAUCAUGGCCACACUAGGAAACGAGCCAAGUCCAACGUAAAACUGAAGCUGGUGAGGAGUCUUGCAGUUUGUGAUGAAUCAUCAGGACCGUUUUCAACUGAUGGACCUCCAGAAUCACAGGACAUUAUUCAGCUUCACAUCAGCUGUCCAUCAGACAAAGAAGAGGAGAAAUCAUCAAAAGAUGAGUACGAGAAUGAAGAGAGGGAAAAGAAGGAUAAAACUCCACGUAAGAUGCUUUCUCGCGACUCUAGUCAGGAGUACACUGAUUCCACAGGGAUUGAUGUGCACGAGUUCCUGGUGAACACACUGAAAAACAACCCCAGAGACAGAAUGAUGCUGCUUAAGUUGGAACAGGACAUACUGGAGUUCAUUAAUGAUGAAAAUAAUCAGUACAAGAAGUUUCCUCAAAUGACCUCGUAUCAUCGCAUGCUGCUGCAUCGAGUGGCUGCCUAUUUCGGCAUGGACCACAACGUGGACCAAACGGGCAAAGCAGUCAUCAUCAACAAGACCAGCAACAUGCGCAUCCCAGAGCAGAGGUUUUCUGAGCACAUUAAAGAUGAGAGGAGCAUGGACUUCCAGAAGAAGUUUAUCCUGAAGCGAGAUGAUGCCAGCAUGGAUAAAGAUGAUAAUCAGAUUCGGGUACCGCUGCAGGACGGCCGUCGCAGUAAGUCCAUCGAGGAACGAGAGGAGGAGUACCAGCGCGUCAGAGAUCGCAUUUUUGCACGAGAAGCCUCUCAAAACGGAUACAUCAAUGAUAACAGACUGUCCACUGACGGCUACUCCUCAUCCUCCCAAAAGAGGAGGCAGAUCUUUAGGGGUAACAGGGAGAGCUCGAGUCGGGCGUCCAGCAGUCGUCAGAGCAGCACUGACAGUGAUAUGAAGAGUCUGGAGCCUCGGCCCUGGAGCAGCACCGAUUCAGACAGCUCGAACCGCACGCUCAGACCGCCGGUCACUAAAGCCAGCAGCUUCAGCGGCAUCUCCAUCCUCACGCGAGGAGACAGUCUGGGCAGCAAGGGCUCGCAGGGCAGCGCCAGGGGCUCCCGUACAGGUCUUCCUACGGUCAAUCCGGAUAUUUGUCCGCCAUCACAACCGCUCCAGCCGGGCCGCGGCCUCUUGCCCUGCCCCCCCAACUGCCCCUCUGGCGUCCCUCAGAGCCAGCCUGCCCCCCCACCCCCUCAAACUGCCCUGCUGCCCACCCCGACUCACACGCACGCACACACGCAACACGGCAUCAGCGCACACAAUCACAUGCUGCCUCAGCCAGUGGCAUCUCUGCAGCCAUCUGCGCAGGCUGUGUCUUAUUCAAACCCCUCGUGCCCGCAGGUCAUCCUGCCUGUUUCUCCUUCCCAGCAGUACAACAUGGGAGAUGAGUUGACUCCUGGUUUCGGGCAGAUGUCUUUAAGUCGUCAGGGCUCUAGUGAAGCUCCAGAGCCGCCCGGCUUGUACCAGCACCCUCCACCCCAGCCCAGCUACAUCAUCCCCCCACCACCAUCUGGAUACCAGCCCCCUGCACCCCACCCGCACCCCCCACCACCACCACCACCCCUGCCCACACAGCCCAUCCUGCAGACAGCGCCACCUGUGCAGGGUUACAUGCAGCCGCCUCCACCCCCUCAGCAGAUCCAGGUGCAGUAUUAUUCUACAGGUGGACAGUAUCCUAGUUCAGGGCAGCAGUACAGGUCCAUAUCUCACCAGGUGUCGUACCCCACACAGCGCUCUCAGCCUCUCCCCCCGCCAGCGCAGCCCUCCGCUCCUCUACAGCCCAUGAUGACCAGUCAGCAGCCAGUGUACCAGAGCAUGAUGGGAGUUCAGCAGCCACAGAGCGCCAGUAUGAUGAACACACAGCGCACGGGCAUGAACGGACAGAUACCGGGAAUGAUGGUCCCGUACCCGCCCAUGCCCUCCUAUCAGGUGCCUGUAGCCAAUGAGAGCCAGUCUGUAGUUCAGCAGCAGUACCAGCAGCCUGUCAUGGUGCCCGCUAACCAGUCAGUACAGGGAGCCAUGCCAACUGCUGCACCCAUGCCUGUUUAUUAUGGCGUACUGACCCCAGCACAACAGAACAGCACAAGUCCGUCUGUGGGUUACCUGCAGCCGCAUAGCUCUGAUCAGUACCAGAUGACCCAGUCUGCCUCUCCCUGCAACCCACAGCAAAUACAGCAGUAUUCGGGGGUCCCGCCCCCCGGCCCUGGUGUCAUGGUGAUGCAGCUCAGUGUUCCAAAUGGGCCGCAGCCGACCCAGAAUCCUCCACUGGUGCAGUGGAACCCCUGCAAAUACUACAGCAUGGAGCAGAGAUCCAGCAAACCCGAACCGCAGGUCAGUACUCAGCUGAACAGUCCACUGGCAUCUCCCACACAAUCUCCGACUCCCUCUCCGUCUGGCAGUGUGAAUAGUGUAUGUCCCGGUCUCGGCCAACUUCCUCUCUUUUCACAGUUCCCUCGACCCGGCGGGCCAGCACAAGAAGGGAGAUACUCUUUACUGGGCCAGCCGCUCCAGUACAGUCUGUGUCCUCCACCCAUCAUGCACAACCACAACCAGUCCUCAUACAGUUCCCAUCAGAGUCAAUCAGUGAUGAAACACGGUGCUCGCGGUAAAAGACAAACACUCAAAUCUGCCUCCACAGAUCUGGGAACUACUGACGUGGUGGUCAGUCGAGUGUUAGAGGUGACCGAUCUCCCAGAAGGCAUUUCUCGUCCAGAAGCCGAGAAGCUUUUCAACCAGCUCUCUCUCUGCGGUGCCAAGAUCCAAUGGCUGAAGGACCCGCAGUGUCCCCGGGGUCCCACGUCUCACUCGGGCCCCAGAGGAGACUGCCACGACCCUGCUCACCUGUACACCGUCGUGGCCGUGUUCCCCAACACAAUGGCCGCUCAGAGCGCGUCCUUCAAACUCAACAACAGCGGUGGCAGUUUGUUCAAGCUGCGCGCGACGAAAAAGAACUAUGACUUGCGUGUGCUGGAGAGAGCUAGCUCGCAGUGAGUGCGGACAGAGAGAGAGAGCGUACGACGGAGAGGAAGCUGAAGAUGUCAAAGGGAAGAGAUUCAUUAGGGAUGUUUUUUAUUAUUUUGUAUCAUUGCCAGAAGAGCACAUAUGACACAGAAGCGUGUUGCGUUGUAUGUGUAUUGUAUGACACGCGCGCACACUCAGUAGUGUUUAAGGGAUAGUUCAUCUGAAAAUCAUAUUCUGUCAUCAAUUAUUCACCCUCAUGCUGUUCCAAACCCAUAUAACUAACACCCAGUCUACACGGGGGUGCGUCCGCUUGAGGCCUUCUACACUGGACGCGUUAUAACAUUAUAACCCGUUUAUAUGUCUUGUUGGAAGGAGUAGCACCAGCGCGUGCAGCACGAAAUGGAACGGGGCAUUCGUCUACUGGCAUUGCAUUGCAACGCAUCCAGUGUAGACAACAUAAUUGAUUAUAACGAGUUUCUAUUUAUUUCUAUUUUUCUACGAGAUUCUAUUUGCUUUUGAAAUGACGCGACUAGGUGUUAGGCCACAUUUACACUAAUAUGUUUUCGUUAGAAAACGCAUUCAUUUUGCUACGAUUACGCCUCUCAUCAACAUUUGAACGAACGCUGCGUUGCUACAUCGAGGAUGCUCUCCAUAACCGCAUACUUUCGGAAACAAUGACGUUAGGAAACUAGAAAUGGAUUGGUGUGAAUGAGGCCUUUGGAGAAUUUUUGAAGAAUGUCCUGGCUGCUCUUUUCAAUGUAAUAAAACUAAAUGGGGCUAUCACUCUCUACAAUAAAACAAAUCAUAAAAAUGAGCACAAGAGCAGGCCAUAUAACUUGUGCGCUACAUUCAAAGUCAUAUGAUAGCUUUGUUCAUGAUUCAUCGAAAAACUUCCCCUUAAAUCAAACGUGGCGCCAUUAGCGAGAUUUACGAGAACCAAUGGAAUUUGCCAUUUUUUAGUGCCGCAGUGCCAUUUUUGUGGUACAUAUGACUCUUGUAAUCCAUUUCAGAGCUCCAGAAGGCUUUUAAUAUUGUGCACAGAUUGUAGAAGAAAGUCGAAGGGUUUGGGACAUCAGUAAAUGAUGACAGAAGUGUCAUUUUUGGGUGAUCGUUUCCUUUGCCAUCCCAACAAACCCUCCAUCCACGCACGUGUUCCUGCGGUGCGUUCUUUCUAUCUGUCUAUAUUCUCCAUACAUCUCCACAUUCUCUCUCUCUCUCUCACUUCCUCUGGCGAGCUCUCUCUCUUUUUCCCGCUCUCUCGUGUGCUCACUUUCGAUUCUUCCUCUGGUUUCCUGCUUUCUGUUUUGCCUUUACGCUGUUGUGCACUUCUGUAUUGCGCUCUUUAUUUUCUCUCUCUUUCUUUCUCUCUCUCAGAUGAAAUCUUCUUUUCUCGGUUCAGUAUAUUUAUAUAAGUGAUGUAAGGAUUAUAAGAAAUAAUCUAUAUAUUCAGUGAUUCUAUUCCCGUGGAUAAGUUGAACCUCCUUUUCCCGCCCGUCCUCCCCUCGCACCUCCUCCUCUCCUCGUUGUGUUUGCGUUUUUGUUGACAGCUGUGCAGAAAGUAUCUGAGGUAUUUAAAAGUGCACAAUGAUUGCGAAUGUCUACUGUAAAUUCCAUUUAAUCUGUUAUUUUUUUGGUUUGUUUUUAAAAAUAUAAAAGAUAACUAAAAGAUAUCUCCAGAGAA